CAAGUACGCAACUUCCGCGAACUCGCUGCUGAGCAUUGAGCAAAAUGGACGCCUUUGUGUCUGUUUUCGUUAAAUUCAUACUAUAAAUAGUGCUUUUCUCGCGAUCAAUCACAUCUGAAAGUAUGAUGUUUACAAGAUUUAGCAAAUGAUUAGGCCACAGCCACAGAUGACAAUUGAAUGGAUUUCUUGAGAAGAAGAGUUUGAGAAGAAAAUUGCUGAUGGAGGACUGCUACAGUUAUCCAGGAUAGAAAAUAAUCGUUGCAUUAUUUUAAUUGAUAAGUCGCUAACUGAAGGGGAAGGAAAAUUUCUAGUUAAAAACGUUUCUUUGCUUAUUAGAUCGUCCAGCAUAAAUAAUCAUUAGGAUCAGUUAACCGAAGGGUAAUCAUUCUAAAGGAGCGAAUCAUGGAUCGUUUACUGCAAGAUCCAAGAGCAUCAUCAAAAUGUGGAUGAAUUAUAAAAAGUGAACAAUGGGAACUUAAAAGAGACUGCGUUAAGUUCCCACAAUUAACAUUAGUGUUAGUGUUACUCGUACGUAUUAUUAGGGCAAAUAGGUUAACAAAAAAGUAGUAAUAGUGGAUUAUCCAAAACGUUGAGGUUUAGUGAUGAUUAUUUUCGAUUUUUCUGCCGAUGGUGCGACAAAAGACAUUUUAUUUCCCUUAAACCAAAAUCCAUGGGUCGGCGAGGGUAAAAUUGUUCCCAUAAAUAUUUUCAGUGAUUUUUCUUGAUUUCAAAAGAUAUUGUCAUCCUAAGGAAUCAUCUGUAAGAUAAUUUUUAGGUCGGGCUGUAAUGCCAGAACAAAUCAAAGUCAAAAUGAAUGGGGUAAUUCCGAGUGUACCAAUAACAACCCUCGCAGGUAUUGCGAGUCUUUCUGAUUUAUUGUCAGAAAUGCCCCUGCCUACGCCAUUACAACAAACCUCUUUAACCAAUAAGUCUCUCCUCUUUCAUCCUCGAGUCGCUGAAGAAGCACAAAUAUUGUUGAGUGUUCGGGAUGACAAUUUAGUUCCACAGCUAAUAUCCUCGUUAUCGCAGACAUCUUCGGAUCACAUAGAACUCAAGGAUCACUAUGCCAACACGGAGCAGUCGCUCGACUCUGAGCAAAAUACACCCGAACUCCUGAAAGCUAUACUUGAAAUAAACCCGCACGUUUUCAAAGGACCACAGUACAACUCCCCGAGAAAUUGGUCGCAAGGUUCGAAUGCGCUGCACGCAAGCCAAUCACCGGCAAGUUGCGGUCGAUUUUCACCGUCGUACUCGAAUUCUUCUGGAUCCAGGCAGACACCUCAAAGCAGCCCCGCUCAUUCUGCCGCAGCAAAGUCGGUCCUACCUCCUCCCCCAGCAAGUGGCAUCUCCCAUGCUCAGCAUCCAAGGAUGCCACUCACACCUCAAAACUAUGCGGAAAUAUCGCAGAUGUCUCCGUUUGCUGUGCCUUCUCCUUCGCCCAGAGCGAGCGUUAUAACGGAACAAACAAGAACUUCUACGACUCCGCAGCACAUGACGGAGGAUUCCGCGUGUGCAAUGUCAAACAUAAAUCGCCAACCGAACAUGUACUCCCCGGCGCAUAUGACCUCACCGAACGCACCUCUAGCCAGUCUGGCCAAUCAAACUCACAACAUGUCGAGCAUGACACCGAGGCAAAACAUUCACAUGACUUCUCCGAUGCAAAUGACGUCUCCCCUUCAAGCUCCAUCCCCCAUGCACACCGACGUUGCCCAGCAUCAGAAUGUCAAUUUGCAACAAAAUAUCUUCGAACCCGUCAUCAAUCAACACAUGUCAAUGGACAAUCAGAACCUGGUUUUCGACAACCCUAUGCAAAGUAAUCCUCAGUUUGACUUGGAUCCGACAACAACUAUUCCGGAUAUCGCCUUAACACUGGAAAGUCUCGAUUCGAAGCAAGCCCCCGAUGUCCUGGACAAUGUGAUCCCGGCAAACUUGGCGGGUAUCAGUUCUGCGUGUCCAAUCACUGAAACCCCUGAAACCACUGCAUUUGACAGCAUUCAGCAAAAUUGUGCCGAGAAAGAUCAGAAGUUGCCAAUGAAGGAGCCGGUUGUGAUGCUGAACAGGUUGUCCCUCGCCGAUCAAGCUCUAAUGCAGAAAAGUCUCAGCGCUUUCGUCGAAAAAGCACCGACUCGUGCAGCGAAAAUGGGUCUAAUGAACAGUGGCGCCGCAAAGUCAGAGUCUGAAAGUGAGGAAGAAGUCGAGAAGAAUAACAAACACUUUAAAGCAAGAGCCAAGGAGCGGCAAGAGAAGAGGGAAAAGGAACGAGCUGAGAGGAAGAAGGAGGAUAUUAAAUCAAGGCGACGAAAGAGGACCAUAGAAGACGACGACGAAGAUUUCGAUGCUGGUGACAUUGACGAGAAGAAGGAAAAGGAGAACAGCCUGUCGCCGCCGAAGCCAAAAAUCAGAAAGUACGAGAAGAAACUCGUGCCCGUACUCGCCAAGUUGAGUGUCGAAGAACUCAUGGAAACGAACACCUAUCAGCGGUUCAAUUCAACGAUGGACACGAUAUUCGAAAACACUGAAGAUGCAGCAAAUAUGACCGACGAGGAAGAUGACGGCAACGUUCCCCAAGAAUUGCUCAUCCAGAAAUAUCAUCUCCAGGAAUUGUGUACGGAAGCCGCGAAAUUGAAGGCUCUAGGGGCGAUGGAAUCAAUUCCCACCGAUAGACUCGUUAGACUGUUGAAUAUCCUGGAGAAAAAUAUAAGAGAUGGUGCUAAGGUCUCUCCCCUUGCAGAUCCCGAUGACGACGUAGCGGCGAGUCGACGAUGGUCGAACAUGGUCAUGGAGCGAGUACAACGAGCCGUCGAUGCUUCCCUGGUCUCACUGCACAUCAUGACGUCCAGUAACAUGCCCAAGACUGUGUAUCUAGAAGAUGUAAUCGACAGAAUAAUUGUUUUCAUGAAAUUUCAAUUGCAAAACACAAUUUAUCCCUCUUUCGAUCCCGUCUACAGAAUAGACUCAAAAAGCAAGACUGACAGUUUUAAUUCAAGUGGUCGAAAAAAGAGAGGCCACACCAAGGAGGUAAGGGAGAAGAGCAUUCUUCAAAUCUACAACAAAAUGACAGAACUCGUGGGACUUUUGUCGGAGCUUUUCAACAUUCAAGUUCUCACGGACACGAGUGUCCUUCACGCGUCAACUUUGGGAGUCUCGCCGUUUUUCGUCGAAUCAGUCAGCGAUCUGCAGCUGAGUGCAUUGAAAUUAGUGACUGUUAUUUUCACCAAGUACGAAAAACACAGGAGACUACUCUUGGACGAUAUUUUGGCGUCAAUAGCAAGACUUCCGAGCAGCAAGCGAAGCCUACGGUCCUAUAGACUCAAUUCCGAAGAUCAUAUUCAGAUGUUGACCGCCCUUGUGCUGCAGCUCAUUCAGUGCGUCGUUGUUCUUCCAGAAAAUAUCGGCCAAGACAAGGUGACGAAAAAAGACGACGAAGAGGACAAGAAGGAGGAGAAGAAAUCCGGCCAUGUCGAUGCUGAUCUUUUAAUCAUCAAUAAAUACGAUAAUGCAACGAGAACAGCGGCAAAUUUUUUACGAGUCUUCCUCAACAAAUGUGGAAGCAAGGGUGACGAAGUGGACUACAGGCCUCUGUUUGAAAAUUUUAUUCAAGAUCUUCUAGCCACGGUCAACAAACCAGAGUGGCCUGCUGCUGAACUACUUCUCAGCUUGUUAGGCAAAUUAUUAGCUGGUCAUUUUUCGAACAAGAGUUCAGACAUGUCUCUGAGAGUCGCAUCCAUCGAUUACUUGGGAGUCGUUGCCGCCAGAUUGAGGAAGGACGCCGUUAAUUCCGCCUGCAAACUUUCAACCAUCGAUCAAAUCAUCAAGGACAUUAAGGCUGAGCAACAAAAGGAUUCAGACUACGACAGAAUUCACGACAAGGACAUUAAAGGUCUCACCGAAGACGAGGAGAGAACGGUAUUUUUGCAGAAAGUACUCCUGGACUAUUUGGCCGUGAAUGGAACGAAAGAUGCCUCACUGGGAUAUGCGAGACACUUUUACCUGGUUCAAUGGUACAGAGACUGUGCUGAUGAAAAGAGUCGCGUCAGUCAUCAGCCAAAACACAGUCCGAGUAAAAAGUCCCACAAGAAAAGAACGAAAAAGAAAAACAAACAUCACAGUGAAGAAGACAGUGAUUCAGACAUUGAAGAAAUUGAUCCCGACGAGAAUGCUAAUAAUGAGCAGAAGAAUUCGGAGACCUACAGAAUCAUUGAGGAUAAGAAGAAGUUGAUAAUAUCGAAAGUUCGUCCCUAUAGUUCGGGAACGAAGCCUGACAUUCUUCAAACGUACAUUGAUUACAAUUCGGCUGAAUUGAUUUCGCAAUAUCUCGCAUCGAAACGAUCAUUCUCGCAGAGCUUCGACAGGUAUCUGAUGCAGAUUCUACAAGUCUUGACGGAGUCUUCGAUCGCAAUUAGAACAAAGGCUAUGAAGUGUCUGACGAUGAUAGUGGAGGCAGAUCCCAGUGUUCUUGGCAGAAACGAAAUGCAGAUGGGAGUGAAACAUUCGUUCCUUGAUCAUUCGACGUCUGUACGAGAAGCUGCGGUGGAUCUGGUGGGAAAGUUCAUUCUCAGUAGGCCCGAGCUGAUCGAUAAAUAUUACGAUAUGCUGUCGUCGAGAAUUUUGGACACUGGAGUGAGUGUGAGAAAGAGGGUCAUCAAGAUCCUCAAGGACGUCUGCAUGGAGUGUCCCACUUUUCCCAAAAUACCCGAGAUUUGCGUCAAGAUGAUAAGAAGAGUCAACGAUGAGGAGGGGAUUCGAAAACUUGUGAUGGAAGUUUUUCAAAACAUGUGGUUCACUCCAGUUCGAGAAAGACCAUCGGUCGAUUCCGAGGCACUGCUGCGGAAGGUGAUGAACAUCACGGACGUUGUUGCAGCCAGCAAGGACAUGGGACUCGAGUGGUUCGAACAGCUCCUGGUUAGUUUAUUUAAGCCAAAGGAAGACAAGGAAGACAGCACGAAAAUGCAGACUGAACCUCCAAAGAUUUUGCUGACAGCCUGUAAGCAGAUUGUUGAGUGUUUGAUUGAAAACAUUUUACGUCUCGAGGAAACACCUCUCGAUGGAGUGGAACACUCGGAGAAGAAGGGAUCGUCACAACGAUUGGUUGCUUGUCUCACGACUUUGCAUUUAUUCGCCAAGAUUCGACCGCAGCUUCUCGUCAAUCACGCCAUAACACUCCAACCUUAUUUGAGUUUGAAAAUGCAAACGCAGGGAGAUUACCAGAUUAUAAGCAGCGUGGCGCACACUCUCGAACUUGUGGUUCCGCUGAUCGAACAUCCCAGCGAGACAUUUUUGGCUCAACUCGAGGAAGAUUCGGUGAAAUUGAUUCUGCAGCAUGACAAGUCGGUGGUUGCAAGUUGUCUCUCCUGCUUGGGUUCGAUUGUCAACAAUGUCACGAGGAACUUCAAGUUGAUUCGAGAUUGUUUCAACAAGUACUAUGGGCACCUGACGGACUACAAAUCUAAAUAUGAGAAGGAUCCAGAUCAUCCAAUUCUCCUCAAGUACAGACCCUUCUUCCGACGUGCACUCUUCACCGUCGGCUUGCUGCUGAGACACUUUGACUUCACUGAUGCCGAAGUCAUACAAGGUCUGCCCGAGAAUAUCAAGGAUCAAGUUUUCGAUACUCUAAGUUACUUUGUCCACGUGGACAACGAGGAUAUCAAGCUGUUCACUCUCAAGUCAAUUGGAUCUCUCUGCAUAAGGCAUUACGAAUUUAUGAUGCUCGAUGAAAUCAAGGAGUUGUAUCACUAUUUGCUGACGUCCGACGUCGCUUCAGACAACAUGAGAAUCCAGGUUCUGAACAACAUCGAAAUCUACCUGCAGGAGGAGGAGACCAGAAUGAUUAAGCAGGAUCAGGCGUGGGCGAAACUCUCCAAGCAUGAAAAUCUCAAGGAAAUGGGCGACGUCUCUUCCGGAAUGGCCAGCACGGUCAUACAACUGUACCUCAAGCAGAUUCUCGAGUCCUUCAUUCAUCAGAACGUGAACGUGAGGCACGCGUCUCUGAAAGUCAUUCAGCUGAUUCUCGCGCAGGGUCUGGUCCAUCCUGUUCAAAUUGUACCUUACCUCGUCUGCAUGAGCACGGACUGCGAGAAAAUGGUGAGCCACAGCGCAGACAAGCAACUGCAGGACAUUGAGAAGAAGUACCCGGGUUUCAUUCACAUGCGAGCUCAGUUCGGAAUCAAGCUCAGCUAUCGACUGCAGAGUAUUCUGCAGAACGACACAACGGUGCGUGGGAUGAGAACAAAGGAGGGUGAAUACCCUUCGGGUUUGAAUGGAUUUCUGUACACAAUUCUGAGGAGCACGAAGCAGCAAAGACGAGCCAUUGUCCUCUCGUUUCUGAAGCAAUUCGACGAGACGGCCAAGACAUGUCUCUCCCAGAUGCUCUACCUCGCUGACAACUUGGCUUACUUUGCAUAUCAAGUUCAGGACGAGCCGCUCUUCAUCAUUCACCACAUCGACAUUAUUAUCUCCAUGUCCGGAACGAACGUCGUGCAGUCCUUCAGGGAAAACUUGUUACCAAAAGAGGGCAGUUCGAAGUUGCCGAAUUUUCCGGCCGAGCAGACGAUUAUGAUAGGGCCGGACGGCCAGCCCAGAGCCGACCAACUGCUGUCGACCCUCGAGGACGAGGAGGACGACGAGGAGGACGAGGAGACAGUCGUGGCCAGGCUGCCCCAAGACACGCGAGUCCUGCGCGAACUCAUAACCGCGAGUCAAGGUUUCCUGCUCCUCCUCACCCUGAGGCAGCACCUCAAGGACCUCUACGGCUUCUCCGAUGCGAAAAUCGGCCAGUAUUCGCCCUCAGAGGCUGCCAAGGUCUACGAGAAGACAGUCAACCGGAAGUGCAGCUUGCAGUUCAAACCCAAGGCGACGCUGCAGAAACUGAAGGAGGGCGAGAGCAACGAGGAACUGGACGAGGAGGGAAGGCGAAAAAUGGCCAAGGCUUACCUGGACUUCAAGCAGCUGAUGUUGAAAUUCGACCCCGACGACCCCGACGAGGAGGGCGAGGGAGAAGGCAAACGCGAAACAAUAACUCUCCACGGAAUGAACGCCGAUUCGAACAAGUUCACCGGCGGAACCGUCACGAUUCACGAGCCAGUCGCUCCGAAUCUCAAUUCAACGGAUCAUUCCAACAACUCGGUCAAUCCAAUGCCACCGAGAGUUCCGAAAAUCACAAUUCACGCCAAUCCGGAAAUGAAGGAGCACAGGAAGCAGCGCCAGCACAAAACGGAAAAAGUUAAGAAACACAAAAAGAAGAAGCGAAGAAGAAUCUCCGACAGCAGUGAUAGUGGCGAUGAUUGCAGUGAUCCUGAUUUUCAGGUGUAAGUGACGUGUAUAUAUUGUGUAUUACCUUGAAAAAUGAGUACACUUCUCGUAGUUGUUUAAGGUUGUAUGUAAUCUAAAAAGAGUCUCUCGUGCAAAACUGCAAACAAUCGUCGAUACCGGUGGUGGACGCUCUUUUUUUGCGCAACGUCAGAAAACAAUCACUGAAAUUAGGGUGGAGCGAUUAGUAAAUUUUCAUUGUUACUAAUUCCACGACUGCCUAAUAUUUUCAUUUUAUUCCUUUAUGCAUGAUUUUGUAUUAGUAUUGGCUCUAGAUCAAAAAACUUUUUUUUAUAUUUUAUAGGAUAGAUUGCAUCUUUAUUUACGUGAAACAAAAAAUGUUUAGGUACAAAAUUUUUGUGAAUUCAUCUAAUAUCUGGUAUCUUCAAUUGCUUCAUUUACAAUUUUUUUUGUUGAAUUAUUCAUUAUUGCUUCCUCACGAGGAAGUAUUUUUUGUUAGUGAUAUAGUCUUUUGUAUGUAGAAAAACAAACGUUUUUUAUAUAGAAAAUCGAAAUAUUUUCUAUUAAAGAAAAAAAAAAUACUGUUUUUUGUAACUCUUGUAAGUUACUGUAAAUGGGGAAAAAAAUAAAAUAAAAUGAAUUCCAGACUUUUGAAAAAGAAAAUUUUACUACAGAAAUAUUCCUAUUAUUGUUAUGUAUUUUUAAACUGCUUUUAAAUUAGAUAAGUGAAAUUUUAAUGGUAAAUUGAUUGAUUUUAGAGAAACUGUAUUUAAAAGUUGUUUUAUGUGCAAGAUAAUUUUUUUUGCUCCAUCCUAGUUGGUCAGUUGAAAAAAAUGAUAAAAUCAUAGGAAAAAAAAUUUCAUGUUGCCCUGACUGUUCAAAAGAUGGUUAUAAAAUUGUUAAGUGCAGGUUGAUCUUGCUCUUUAAUCUUUGAAACUUUCUCUGGACAUUUUAAAUCAAGAUCGAAUAGGAAGUUUAAACAUUGUAGUACAAUAGAGCGCUAAUAGUUAAUCAAGUUUCACUCGAACAAAAUCAUUUGUACAUAAAUAACGUUAUAAGAAUUCUUGCAUUGUUUAAUUUUUUCUUUUAUUUUUUCUCUUUUUUUUAUUAAAUGUAAGAAAAAUGUCAUUUCAAUGGACCAUUGUCUUCAAUGGACAAAAUUAGUGAUUUUUUUAAAAAAAACAGGGAACUUUUGUCGUUUUACUUUACUUGAAAAUUUGGAUUACUAUUCUCAACGUGUAUAUUAAAAAAAAGGAACACUGUGGUAGAAUAAUAUACAUUAUAUGAAAACGUUGUAAUAUGUGUACAUAAAUUCAAGUGAAAAUCUUAUUUUCGUAAUAAAGAAUACUUAAAAUUUUUGUUACAAUCUUAGGUAUUUAUUCCGAAAUUUGUUGCUAGAAAUAUAGUUUCAUCUCAGUGAAGUUUAUAUUUAGCCAAACAUUAUUGUUUGGCGAAGACUUUCGUUUCUUUCAAUCUUGAACUGCAUUAGACUCCUGUCUGAAUUCUUUAUUUAUGUUCAGAGGGAUUUGACGAGAAAAAAAAACAAAUUUUCUAUCAGUUUUAAAACGCUGUGUAGCUAAUUUAUAAAAAAAAAACGACAAAGUAUCCCACUUUGCGGAUUACCGAGUAAUUAAUAAAUUAUUAGAUUUCGAUAAUAUUUAUGGUCGAAUGUUAAUUAAAAAUCUGAAAAUAGAUUUUGUUUACAAAAAAAGUCUAUUUACAAUGUAAUUAACCAAUGCACGCAAUAUACAGUACAUAGAUGAAUGUUCAAUGAUUCACGGAUAAAAUGUCUCUUGCCGUUAAGAAAUUAUAUUUAAAAAAAAAUGUUGUGUCCUCGUCUUUUGAUCAAAAAUGUUAGUUUUAUGAAAAUUUAGAGAAAAUCCGUGACAAUUACUAAGAAGAAAUUUACUUCUAAGAUAUAGUUUCUUCUUGAUAAUUUUAUGUAAAAUCGAUUAGACUAACUUUCAUUUUUUUUUAAAUGGAAUGAAUGGCUUACACUGUUAAGAGCUGUGAUUUUAGAAGACGUUUUUCUUAUAAACGUAAAAGCGCCGAAUAUAAUUUAAUUCUAGAGACAUUCAUGACUUGGCGAUCUCGUGAGGUUUUGUUUUAACAGUGUGUAAAAGAGUGCGUGGAAUUUUUUGAUAAAAUAAAAGCGGUUAAGAUCGUUAAUCUGAGCCUCACCGUCCUUUCUAGCGUGCAAUGGUAGUAUAUAAUUAAAAAAAUGCUUCUUUUCUUAUAUGAGAUUGUUCGAGUUUUUCUAAACGGAUUCCGAAAGUUAAAAUAGUAAAACUUUUAAUUCCGUCAAAUUCGCUCGAUAAUCCGUACAGUGGCGUAAAAAACAAUAAUAGAGUAAAUACGCAGUGUGUGAGAAAUUGCAUUGUACAAAUUUUACGUGUGUAAAUAUUUAUUAUUACCAAUUAUAAAAAAAAGCAGAAGGGGAGCCUCAACUGUUUUUUUUUUAAUUUUAAUUUUAAAAAAAAAUUUGGAAAGUAUAAAAAAAAAUACAAAAAAACGAAUACAGAUUUUUCAAGAAUACGUUUCAUUUUAGACGUUAUUGUUCAUUGUAAUAAAAUCUAUAGAAUUUUAAUUUCAAAUAAUUAUAUUUCUACUUAUAGUUUAAAAUUAUUAUAAGAACUCUUAUUAAUAAGUAUUUCCAUGAGGUGUUGAAAUAUCGUGUCAAGUAAGAUACAAUUUUUGUAUUUGGUAAUAUAUCAAUUGACGAGAAAAAGGUUAAUAGAAAUAUAUAUUUGAGUAAAAAUUGUUUAGUGUUAAUGUUAUCCAUAGCGAUCCCUAAAUUGUUCUGGAUAAGAUGUAACGCUACUCCAUAAUGUACAUCGUCGGAAUACGUUCGUAAGGAAAAUAAACUAAGUAUAUAUAA